GUCAGACAAACAAGGCUCCAACAGUCCCUCGAACGACCUUUCUUUGCAUUUUCCGGUGACAACUGGCGUUGGCACCCCGGACACGGCUUUGUAUCACGGUCCCAGCGACUCAUUCACCAUUGCCCGCUCAAGCAACGUUGAGGAGACGGACCGGACUACCCGUCAGGCAACAUCAACACACAAGCCCACACCGAUAACCCCUUUCAUUCUUGAAGACCAAACUGGUCAAUCGCCACAAUGCUCUUCGCCACGGCUCUGGCGGCCCUGGUCGCCACGGCUGCUGCUGCCAAGGACUCGCGCACCUUUGCCGUGCUGCACCACUACGGCAACGGCCCGCUGACGACAUGCCGUGCGGACCCCAUUGUCUCGCCCGGCGGGCCCUCUUCCCACGUCCACACCGUUAUGGGAGCCAGCAACUUCGGCUUCAACACGACCGGCGAGUUGCUGCGCCAGUCCCGCUGUUCCACCGCCAAGCCCAAGGCCGACCUCAGCUCGUACUGGUUCCCGACCCUCUACUUCCAGGAUCCCGCCACUGGCCUCCUCGAGCAGGUCAAGUUCUACUACAUGAACGUCUACUACUUCUUCGAGCCCACGAACGACGAUAUCAAGGCCUUCCCGCUUGGCCUGCAGAUGGUGAGCGGGAACGCGAUGCUGAGGACGGCCCCGUCCAAGUCGGGUGCGAACCAAUUGGACCCUUCCCAGGGACCUAUCCAGCCCGUCCAGAUUACUUGCCCGCGCACCAGCUACGACCCUCCCAGCUAUCCAGCCGACUCGGAUGGUUCCAUGGCGGGCAUCCAGGACCCCAACAACAAGGGCGCUGGCAUCGGCUUCCCCUUCCAGGAUUGCGACGGAUACGCCUCGCCCAUGCGUGUCGACAUCCACUUCCCUUCGUGCUAUGACCCGUCGGCCGGCUUGACCAACUACCAGAAGAACAUGCAGUUCCCCACGAGUGCGCCUGGCGGCAAGCAGGACUGCCCUCCCGGCUGGAUUCACACGCCGCACAUCUUCUUCGAGACCUACUGGGAUACGCACUCGCUCCUGCCGCGCUUCCAGAACCUGAUCGGCAAGGCUAGCCCCUUCGUCUUCUCGAACGGCGAUGUCACCGGCUUCUCCGCCCACGGCGACUUCAUCUCGGGGUGGGACGAGGAGGAGCUCCAGCACAUUAUCGACACGUGCAAUGCCGGCGAGGCUGGCAUCGACAAGUGCCCUGGCCUGAAGCUCGGAGUGAACGACGACAGCGGUUCUUGCAACAUCGAGUGCCCCGUCGACGAAGUGAUCGACGGCAAGCUGGAGAAGCUGCCGGGGAACAACCCUCUCGCGGGCUGGGGUCACGGCACUGGUAACGUCGCGGUUGCUUCGUCGCCUGCUGCCCCUUCGGCCUCGUCUUCGCCUGCGGCUGCGCAUUCGUCGCCCAGCCAGUCGCCGGCUGCCACGUCCGAGAAGCAAACUUCCUCUGCUGCUGCUCCGCCGCCGCCGCCGCCGCCGUCGUCUACCACGCUUGUUGCUGUGCCCGCUUCGAGCGCCAAGCCGUCCACGCCUGUCGAUGUCGCGGCCACGACGAGCAAGCCUGCUGCCCCGCCGCGGACAACCGCCCCGGCUGUCGUGGUCACAACGGUCUAUGAGACCGUCACCGUGUGGGAGACCAAGACCGUGUACGUGGACAACGGCACGCCGGCGCCCACGCAGGCCCCCCAGACGACCAACAGCAAGACGGCCGACAUCUCGGGCUUCAAGUACGUGGGCUGCUACCGGGACGCGCAGACCCGCGUCCUCAGCGGCGAGGUGCUGCCCAACCUGGGGCUGGUCAGCAACACGGCGUGCGUCAACUACUGCGCCUCCAAGGGCUUCAGCAUCGCCGGCACCGAGUACGGCGGCGAGUGCUACUGCGGCAACGGCCUGUCGUCGCUCGACAAGCUGGACGAGGCCAGCUGCAGCAUGGCCUGCAAGGGCGACGCCGGCCAGACCUGCGGCGGCAACUGGGCCCUCACGCUCUACACCAAGGGCGGCGCGGCGCCGGGCACCACCGCGGCCAAGCGCCAUGCGGGACACAACCACCACCUCCAUCACGCGCGUGUGCCGUCGCGGCGUCAUCGGAGAUAGGCGCCUCUGCUUCUCUGCUUGCCUGCCCGCCUCGAUUGGCUGGCUCAUAUUGAAGCAUGCGUGCUUCGCUCUUCUCUUCUCGGUUCAUAAACCUCGUUUUUGUUCCAUUCACAUCUCCAUCAUUCGCCCUGCGAUGGUUGGAAAAGUUUCUCUGUAUUUACUUUACUACCCAUUUUUUUUUUUCGUUUCUUUUCUCUCUCUCAGAGGGACCCUGGAGGGCUGGGACACACAGGUUAGAGAGAGAGGGGAGUUGGUUUGGCGGCAGAGAAAGAGCAUUUCGGUUGGCACCACCCUGC